GCCAUCAGUUCGAUCAAGUCCACUUAGCACACGUGCAAAUGUUCCUCCAACCGGGCUAAAAAAAAAUGCCGCACUUUUGGGACUAUUUCUCAAAAAGUCCGCGCAAACAACGCAAUUUGCAAGACGGUCUGUUUCAAAUCGCGUCGCAAACAUGCAAUUUGCUCGUUCAAGUGAACAACACCAACAACAUAAGUUACGGAAAUGGCAGUACAAAUAUUCAUCUCAACGAUAUCUCCAUCCCUAUCACGCGUCCCGAAAUUCCCACGCCGCAAAAUGACACCGACAGGGAGCAGCUGCUGGUGCUCAUACCUCGGAAAAUGUCCAAAAUCAAAGGACCAGGCUUGGGAAAGCGCCUAUCGACUGUGUUAGAAGACCAGGGGGGCAACCACGACGACGACAAUCACCUAUGGGGCCACGGCUACAACCAGGACUGUGACGGCAGCCCCGUCCGAAACAGAUGGGGCCAGAAAAACAAGUGGUGUCGGCCUUCCUGUAUCCCCAUUUCGCUAAUUUGCAUUCUGAUCUUCCUCGUAGUUCUUUUACCGCUCUUAGACCACGCCACUGAACGGGCUUUGGAGGACUUGAACAGGGCUGUAGUGGAACCCUGUAACACUUGCAGUGUGUCUUUAGUCGAGAGCAUUCCCGAAGGUCUAACGUUCAACAACAGCAUUGUUCACACUUCGACGUUCGAAACGUGGUUCAAUUUAAUCCAGUCGGCUGAGAGUUCCAUCGAAAUAGCGUCGUUUUACUGGACUUUGAGGCAGUCAGAAGUGUACCCUGACCCGUCCUCGGUCAAGGGCGAGAUUAUUUUCCAAGCGUUGUUGAAGGCGGGAACCGAUCGGAAAAUCUCCAUAAAAAUUGCACAAAAUUCGCCGACGCAAGACAAUCCAAAUGUGGACACUGAGCUUCUAGUUAAGCGCAAGGCGGCUCAAGUGAGGAGUUUAAAUUUUGCGAAAUUGCUAGGUGGGGGCGUUUUGCAUACGAAGUUUUGGAUUAUUGAUAGGAAACAUGUGUACAUUGGGAGUGCUAACAUGGACUGGAGGGCUCUGACUCAAGUCAAAGAAAUGGGGUUGGUGAUUAAUAAUUGUAGUUGUCUGGCUGAGGAUCUGGGGAAGGUUUUUGAUGUGUAUUGGAAAUUGGGCGAAGACGGAGCGAGAAUUCCCGAUCAAUGGCCGUCCAAUUUAUCCACAAAUAUUAAUGUGAAUACUCCUAUGAACCUUACUCUAAGUAAUGAAACGUUUCAAACGUACAUAUCGAGUUCACCGUUGUCUUUCAACCCUUCUGGUCGCACCAACGACAUCGACGCCCUACUCAGCGUCAUCAAGCACGCCGAAAAAUUCAUUUACAUCGCCGUAAUGGACUACUUUCCUCUAACCAUCUACACGCCGAAAAUAAAAUUUUGGCCAAAAAUCGACGAUGCCUUGAAAACGGCCGCCAUCGAACACCAUGUCAAAGUAAAAAUGUUGAUCAGUUGGUGGAAUCAUUCGCGUUCAUCUGAAGACAAUUUCUUAAAAUCACUCGCUUCCAUUAACUUGGCAUAUCCUAGAGUAUUGAUCGAAGUGCGACGAUUUAUUGUGCCUUCAAAUAAAGAACAAGCAAAAAUACCUUUCGCGCGAGUUAAUCACAACAAAUACAUGGUCACUGAUAAUACCGCUUUUAUAGGGACUUCUAAUUGGUCGGGAGAUUAUUUUAUCGAUACAGCGGGCGUUUCAUUUGUUUUGCAUGACCCGGUGUUUGACAGGAACGGCACUGAGGCCACUCUAAGGAGCGAAUUGCAAGCCGUGUUUGAAAGAGAUUGGAACUCUAAUUACUCAGUUCCGUUGAAAUUAUAAUUAUAUUUUUUUCAUUGGUUUACUAAGACUCAAUAUUCAUUUGAGACAAUAAGUCAGCGUAUUGUUUUUUUUUGAAAAGUGACAAGUGACAUUAAGUGCCUCACUAAAUUGUAUUUUUUAAACUUUUGCUCAUAAAUAAGUCAAUGUAUUCCGUCAAAAUAACACAAUGUUUGAAUCUUCGUGAAAAUAAAUAUUUGGGAACUAAA